CACAUCAGCAUUGCCAAGCAGUGCCACGUCACACAGUGCCACGUCAGCAACAGUGCCAUGUCAGCAGUGCCACAUCACACAGUGCCACGUCAGCAGUGCCACGUCAGCAACAGUGCCAUGUCAGCAACAGUGCCACGUCAGCAGUGCCACGUCAGCAAUACCAUGUCAGCAGUAACAGUGCCACGUCAGCAGUGCCCCGCCACCAUGACGGGCACAACUCUGGGCAUGCCAGGCCAACUGGCCAACGAGUCUCUUGCCGACUACAAACAGCGGUUCCAGGCUCAGCUCGCUCUGAUCGAGGCUGAGGAACAGCGCCAGCUGGCAGCCGAGGCCGCCCGCCUACAGGCUGAAGCAGCGGCAACAGCUGAGAAGCAGCGGCUACAGGCCGAAGCAGACGCAGAUACCCAGGCUUGCCGCAAGGAGGCCCAGGAUCUGCUGCAGCGGCAUGAAGCUGCCAGCAUCGAAAGACUCAAGUUCUGGCACUUUGAACCGUCCAACGGCGACGACGCGACACCGGAAGAGCAGCAUAAGGAGUUCCUCUCCAAGCUCGUGACACGGUUGUUGUACGCUUGCAACUACCAACGGUCCGAGUUAGAGAGACAAAACCAGGAACUGCAGCAACGAUACCAGGAUCUGAAGACACAGCACCAGGAGUUGGCGAACCUCCGCCGGAUAGUGCAGAGCCACGAGGAUGCUACAUGGGCACUCAAUUCCCGUGUAUUGGACCCGGAGCACGCCGUACCAGGACCAGAUGCUGGUGAGUCCAGCAGUGCACCCUCUCACCGCCAACUGGAGCAACGCGUCGACCACGUCGUCGCAAUGCUCGGCGACAUCAGCACCUUUGCUGCGCCGACCACCAUCAGCAAUCAGCUGGAUACUUUGAAGACCGAGGUCCAGCAAUUGCAGUCGACGAACACGGAUGGCAACAAUCCAAAGCAAUACAAGAUGCCAACUUUUCAACUUGAGAAGUUCGACGACUACACGCAUCAGGACCCGGUGCUCUGGUGGGAAGCUUUCACGACGCAACUUCGGGUUCUGCCUUUCGCCAAGCACGAGUACAUUGGCGCCCUGUUCAUGAACUCUGGCGGAUGCCAGAUCUGGUUAACCCACCUGGCAGCCACCCACGGCGUCGACAUCGCAGAUCUGAAAGACAAGAUCUCAUGGGAAGAGUUAACACGGCUGUGGAAGAAGCGGUUCAUCGUCGACGACGCACCAACACUCGCCAUCAACCGUCUCUUCACCAUGACUCAGGGCAACACAGCAACACGUGACUGGCUCACGGAAUGGCAGAAGAUCGCGGCAACGCCCGAUCUUGACCUCCAUUUCCGCAUCUGCGCCAAGGUGAGAACUGGUCUGCGACAGCAGCAGUUCGCUGCAGUCCAAUCGGACAACACUGUGGAAGACCCGACAGCCACCCAAGCGUCACGUGAGGGGGAUCAGGUGGCUGCUGUCCAGCCGCGAAGCAACAACAAGCCCCGAGUAAACAGGAAGGCGAAACCAGCAUCGCAGGCCGAAAACGGACAGCCAGCACCAUGGGUCAAGUUCAACUUGACCGAGACCGAGUACAAGUACCGCGGCCGUUACGGCUGCUGUUACUGGUGCAACAGCACCAAGCACAAGACCUCCCUUUGCCAGGAUCAGGCCAAGGAGGAUGUGCAGCCUCUACCGACUCCGUUGAUGGACGCCGGAGUAAAGGUUGUCGACCUUCACGCCUACAUUGCGAAGAUCGACCACGAGUUCAAGACGCAACGGUACGACGACAUCGACGCACCAUUGCUAAAUGUACGCAUCCAUAUCGGAGAGGCGACCUGCAGCGCUUUGAUCGAUUGCGGAGCAUCUCGCAACUACAUGAGUCAGGACUUCAUGGUACGCGCCGGCCUUGGCCCACGAGUCCGAAGGAAGUCCCAACCCACGCAAGUCACAUUGGCGGACGGUCACACACACAAGUCAAUCGACCAGUGCAUUGAUGACGUCCCAGUGUACUUUGCCCCUCACGCAAGUGAGGCAGUGUCCUUUGAUUGGAACGAAGUACUAGUCCCAUGCACGGUAGCUCCUCCUCACCCUUCAAUCAGCUGUAACGUGGUAUCCGCCGCAAGCAUGCGAGCUUCCAUCAUCAGAGACGACAUCGAGGAGAUGGGGGUGUGUUUUCUCCACGCCCUCCCGCCCCAUGACGCUUCACCGACGGACUCAUCUUCGGAUCCAUGCAUCACCGAGCUUCUCGACGCCUACAGCGAUGUGUUCGAAGGUCCGCACGGAGUAGUACUGGAUUGGCCCAUCCGCCACGAGAUCAUCCUCGAGGACGGGGCCGUACCUCCGCGCGGUUGCAUCUACCGAAUGAGCGAGGAAGAGUUAAGUGUGCUUCGGGCGCAACUCGACGACCUUCUGGAGAAAGGCUGGAUWCGGCCUAGCUCAUCGUCAUACGGUGCUCCUGUUCUCUUCAUCCGGAAGAAGAAAAAGGAUUUGCGGUUGUGCAUCGAUUAUCGCAAGCUCAACGCGCAGACGAUCAGAAAUGUCGGCCCUCUCCCACGCAUCGACGACCUUCUCGAACGACUGGGCGGCGCCAAGUUCUUCUCCAAGCUGGACCUCAAGUCGGGAUAUCACCAACUUCAGAUUCGGAAGGAGGAUCGCUACAAGACCGCGUUUAAGACCCGGAGUUUGGACGAGCAUAUGGAACACCUGCACACCGUUUUGGAGCGGCUACGACAGGCCAAGUACAAAGCCAACCGCGACAAGUGCGAAUUUGCACGGCAGGAGCUGGAGUACUUGGGACAUUAUGUGACGCCGCAAGGCAUCCGUCCGCUUGCGGACAAGAUCGAGGCCCUACGAGUAUUGACCGAGCCCACCAACACCACGGACGUUCGUUCAUUCAUGGGAUUGGCGGGCUACUAUCAGCGAUUCAUCACCGGAUACUCGAGGAUUGUUGCACCUAUGACGAGAUUACAAUCGCCAAAGGUGCCAUUCGUAUUCGAUGACGACGCACGCCGGUCAUUCCAAGCACUUAAGACGGCUAUGCUCAUGGCACCCGUCCUUAGCAUCUAUGACCCCACCCUGCCGACGAGAGUGACUACGAACGCUUCCGGCUAUGGCAUUGGGGCAGUCUUGGAACAGCACGACGACGACGACUGGCACCCUGUGGAAUAUUUCAUCCACAAAGUGCCUCCCAUCAACUCACUUGAUGAUGCAAGGAAGAAGGAGCUGCUCUCAUUCGUGAUGGCUCUUAAGCACUGGCGGCACUUCCUCCUUGGGCGUCGUAGGUUCACAUGGGUCACAGACAACAAUCCAUUGACCUACUACAAGACGCAGGAUACGGUGAGCAGCACGAUCGGACGAUGGAUGUACUUCAUCGACCAAUUUGACUUCACACCAAAACAUCUUCCCGGCCUCUCCAAUCGCGCAGCAGAUGCACUCUCGCGAAGACUUGAUCUUUGCGCUAUGACACAUCAUGCCUUCGCAUUCGACGAGGAGCUCCACCACUAUCGCAUCGCCGAUGGGUACUUGCUCCUGCACUCGCGGGGCAAGGACUUACUAUGUGUCCCACGCGACCGCCGUCUUUGGACUCGCCUCCUCGGCGAGUAUCAUGAUUCGCGACUCGCCGGCCAUUUCGGAGUCAACCGCACUAUUGCACGGCUUCGACAACGAUUCCGAUGGCCCGACCUCAUCACCGACGUCACGAGGUAUUGUGACUCUUGCGAAGUUUGUCGACGAAGCAAACCCCGCAACCGCAACCCCUACGGCGAGCUGCGCCCGAUGCUGAUCCCGCAGGAACCCGGUCUCUCCAUUGCCAUGGAUGUCCCCGGACCAUUCCCCCGCGUCCGCCUCGGACACGGCGGCAUCCUCACGGUUGUGGACCGUUUGAGUAAGUAUGUGCGUUUUCUCCCUUGCAAGUACUACUCCACGGCUCCCGAGCUGGCACGCCUCUUGCACACCGGUUGGAUUUGUGGCCACGGUGUACCGGAAGACAUAGUUAGCGACCGCGACACUCGCUUCAUGUCGGCAUUUUGGACUGCUCUCAUGCAGGAGUCCGACACGAAGAUGAAGCCAAGUUCGGCUCGGCAUCCACAGACAGACGGGCAGACGGAGCGGGCACAUCAGCCGACUCAAAUGAUGCUUCGUACGCUCAUCCGUCCGGACCAGAAAGAUUGGGUUGACCGCCUCCCCGACAUCGAGUUCGCCUACAACACUUCGGUGCACCCGGCGAUCGGUGUGACUCCAUUCGAGUUGCACCACGGUGGACGGAAAGGCCGUAUCUUCGCCGACCUUCUCCUCCCACGACCAGCCGACAUCGAUGCCGCUUGCUCUCCCGCUUCCGUCCGGAAGUACAGGGAAUUGUUGGCUCAAGCCCGCGCGAAUAUGCAAAAGGCUCAAGUCUGCAUGCAGAAGCAAGCCAACAGGGAUCGCGUGCCAUGUCCCAUCCGCGCCGGCGACCUGGUUUGGGUUUCCGCGGAAGAGUUUGCACUGGAACAGGAGGUCUCACGCAAACUGCUUCCCAAGUGGUUUGGACCAUGGCCCGUAACAUCAGCCACGGGCGAUGAGCCCGAUGGCCCUUCAUUUGUGAUCAACAUCCCCCCGCAUCUGACGGUCCAUCCAGUCUUUCACACCUCAAAGCUGGCAACAUACAAGCCAGCUAAGAGCGGCGACUUUCCGGGCCAACGAUCGCAGGACCCUCGUUCUAUGGAUGGUCAUCAGGAAGUUGACCGCGUCAUCACCGAUUGCAAGUACGGCAGCAAGCCGCGACAGUACAAAGUUACAUUCAAAGCCUGCUAUCGCGACGACACUCGGUGGAUUUCAGGAGCAGAUUUGAAAGCAUCCGCACCGCUGAUCUACGCGCAUUAUGAGAAGCAAAGGUUAGCUCAGGAAGCUUCACGACCAGCCCCUCCCACCCGGACUGUGGUCCCUCCCUCAGACAGACAGCUUCGCCCUCAGAGGUAAGCUCCGUCUUUCAAGGAGGGGGGGGUGUGGCAUACUGCGUAGCCACACGGGCCCUGCAGGGCCCGUCCCGCACUUUCAGCCUAAAAG